AUGGUUCAGGUCUCCCGCGAAAACCCCAACUUAUCGCCUCUUCAGGCGUACAACGCCGCCCAACGGCUCUGGAGGAUACACCGGUUGAACAGCGAGGCACGGGCGAGGCAUGAGGAAAAGGGCGGGGAGGAGGGCGAGAAGGAGGGCGAGGAAGAGAGUGAGGAGAGCGGUGAGGAGGACGAGAAGAAGGAGAGCGAGGAGGGCGAGGAGGAGGGCGAGGAAGAGGGCGAGGAGGAGGGCGGGGAAGAGGGCGAGGAGGAGGGCAGGGAAGAGGGCGAGGAGGAGGGCGGGGAAGAGGGCGAUGAGGAGGGCGAGAAAGAGGGCGAGGAGAAUGUAGAAAGGCGUGACGACGAACAAGGUGCAUCAAGUGACGACGAUGUUCAGGAGGUGCAGCUGGUGCGAGUAGCGCGUGAUGGAGAUGUGAGGGCGCGAGGAAAUGUGGAGAAGGGAGUUGGUAGUGCAAGCAGCAGUGGCGCGAAUGGUAGACGCAGAAAAAGGAAGGCAGUGGAGACUCGCAUGAGUCAUCGCGACUCAAACAAAAUAAGCGUGCACAGUAAGAGAUUACAACGACUACUGCAAUGGCUGGAGCACAGCAAUGGAAGUGAGAGUAGUGCCGAACAGGGGUCAUGCUAA